UGCCUGACACAGAUUUAAUCCCUGACUCGGAUUCGUUUGGAUCAGGGAAUAGAAUACCUCUAAUUCACGGGACCAAAUCAUUGAUUCGCUUAUUUUUUGAAUCAGUUGAGUCAGAUGACUCAUAAAACAAACACAUUGAGAUAGAUCUAGAUGAGUCAAAUACCCAAUUUCAACUUUUCAACUUUUUGCCUUCUACUUUUCCAAAAUAAAACCAAAACCUUCUCCUUGAGCUCUUUAGUUUGAGAUCUUGAAUGGUUUGGAAGUUUAGGUUUAGGGUCUUCAAUAAUUAAUGAAUCCAUUGUUAUACUUAGUCUAUACUUGCUGGUGCUAUAAUAGCUUGGUGUGAGAGCUUGUAAUAACUAGUAUUUCUUAUGGAGAUUGAUUGAUGAAAAUGACUAUCAAGUGCUUGUAUUAAUUAGUCAGACAGGUUUUUGUAGGAAGAGAAAAAAAUGGCACCAUUUUGUUGUAAUAGCACCGGAUCCAUCUUGAAUAAUCAAGUCCUGGGUUCUCAAAGUAAAUAUGUGGAGAUGAGUAAUCGAGUUCCGAAGAUUAAUGAAGAAUCCAUAGAGAAUGUGGAUUCAAGUUCAUCGUCUAGUAAGAAGGAUGAAUUAUGGUGGGACAUAUUACUAUGGUUAAGAACAGCUGCUUUGGAUCCUUGCAAGGCAAAGCCACCACUGGAGAAACUUCGGAGGAGACAGAUUCUUAAGGCGCGAGAACAUAUCUCUCUGAGCACUACUGAAUUUCCUUGGAAAAAGCGGAAACUUGAUCUAUUAGAAAAUAAAAGUGCAAUUAGCCCUCAUUUAGCAAAACCAAAUGAGCAAAGUUCUUUUGCUUCUUCCGUUUCAUGCUUAAUCAAUAGCACUAACUCAACUGAGAGGUUUCAGCAAUGUCUUUGCAAGCCUUCCAUCUCAGUGGGGUCGUCGAGAUAUCAUGAUGAUCUCUCCAGAAAACGGGUCCGGAGUAGUCAUUCUUACAAAUCUGAUGAUUCAAUUAGUGUUGCAUCGACUCCAGAAAAGCCAAACAUUCAGAACAUACCUAGAGCGAACCAGUCAAUGAAGGCCAGCAGCAAUCUUCCAUUGAAGCAGGUGUUUGUGCCUCAAGCUAAGAUAACCAACAAAAGCUUUUCACCUCUGUCCGACUCUGAUGAUUCGGUAGAUAGUUCAAGUAUGCCAAAUGAAUAUAGUCAAGAGAAACAUAAGACCGCUCGUAGAUCUCCUAGGUUACAGAACUUCAUUGGCUAUUCUCUCCCAAGAGUUAAAGUUCAAGUUGGCUCAUGUCAUCAGGCUGACAUUCCAGAUUGGAUUGGGCCGAGGAAAAGUGAUAAUUCCUCCACUGAUGGUCAAAGUGAUUCAUUUGAUUCAAGAUAUAUGGGUACCAAGGUAUGGCCAAUCGAAGGCAAAAAUACAGAAGAUAGUGAAAAAGAAGGGAUAGGAAAGGGAAGACUGAAUUCAUGCUCCUGCUAUUCAAUGGGGUGUGGUGGUUGCAUCAAACUUCAUGUAUUUAAGAAAGGACUCCAGCUACAGGAUGAACUAGGAACUGCUUACUUCACCUGGAAAUUCAAUGAAAUGGGCGAGGAAGUUUCGAAGUUGUGGACAGCAACGGAACAGCAAUGUUUUGAAACUCUUGUGAGAAUGGACCCUAUAACCCAGAGUGAUAGUUUCUUGGUACCUGCACUGAAGCGAUUCUCUGGAAAAUGCAGAAAAAGUAUAUUCAGUUACUACUUUAAUGUAUUCAUCCCUAGACGCAUGAGCAAACAGACCAGGUUAGCCGCUAAGCAUGUAAAUAGCCACGGCGACAAUGAUGCUGUUGUGAUGGAGAGUAGUAUCAAACGCAAAAACACAAAAUACUUUAGUGGAGGCCAUUAAGACAACAUCUGCUCUCAGUUUUGAAAUCUCUGAUACACUCAAUUGAGGUUCGUAGCUAUUACUUUUCACUCCUGCUGCUACUAGAUAGGAGUCUUGUCUUGUAAAAUUUUAGUAAUGCAUAUGAAUUUUCUUUCAUAAUGAGUUUCUUCUCCAUUCCAAGCAAGAGUUGCUUUAUUGCGAAAGGAUGACCCAAAUACUUUUGCUAACCCAGCCAGCAUAAAUUCUUGCAAUGGAACUUCUUUUUAUACUUAACCCAACACCUGUCACUUCCUUGAAUACCUAUCUAGUAGCAACAAGAUUUACCACUUCUCAUUCACUGGCAUUCAGAAAGUGAGGGUAUCACAGGCAGAUUGCUGAUGAUUUAUUGUGGUUCCCUCCUUCCAUCACUUGAUAGAUAGAGAUCAAUUGCAAGUACCCUGCCUCAAGAUUUAAAUCUUCAAGUGAAUCGUCUUAACAUUUUUAUACAUUUAGCUCUAUUUUAUUGCUGAGGCACACCCUAUAUCACUGUAUGAAACUCUUGUUUUCUGAAGCCAU